UUUCCAGCGCUGUGUAUUCCUGCCUCUCUAUCUCAGGAUCUAUGCGGCUUCAACAUAGCAGAGACGUACCUUUAAAAGACACAGAGAGGCAUAUACAUUGCACACUGGACCCCCCCCUUUUUUUUUUCUACAUACCACUCCAAACGGAAUAAAUAAUUGAGGAAUGUGGAAAUUACAGAAUGCCCAACAGCGCUGGAAAGAGAUUUAAACCCACCAAAUACAUCCCAGUGUCCACUGCUGCCACACUCCUUGUGGGAUCGACCACUUUAUUUUUCGUUUUCACGUGCCCCUGGUUGACGAAGGUGAUCUCUCCCGCCGUGCCGCUCUACAAUGGCCUGGUCUUCCUCUUUGUCUUGGCCAACUUCAGCAUGGCAACCUUCAUGGACCCUGGUGUAUACCCCAGAGCCGACGAGGAUGAGGACAAGGACGAUGAUUUCCGAGCACCGCUCUACAAGAAUGUGGAGAUCAAGGGAAUCCAGGUCCGGAUGAAGUGGUGCGCCACCUGUCACUUCUACAGGCCGCCUCGCUGCUCCCACUGCAGCGUCUGCGACAACUGUGUGGAGGACUUCGACCACCACUGUCCCUGGGUAAACAACUGCAUUGGCCGGAGGAACUACCGCUACUUCUUCCUCUUCCUGCUGUCGUUGAGCAUCCAUAUGGUGGGCAUUUUCUCCUUCGGCCUCAUCUUCGUUCUCCACCACCGCGAGAGACUGACAGCGCUGCACACCACUGUCACUCUGGUGGUGAUGUGUAUCGCAGGGCUGUUCUUUAUUCCAGUCACGGGACUCACAGGUUUCCAUAUGGUGCUUGUUGCUCGAGGUCGAACGACUAACGAACAGGUGACGGGCAAGUUUCGUGGAGGAGUAAAUCCCUUCACCAAGGGUUGCUGUGGCAACGUGGAGUAUGUCUUAUGUAGUCCCCUGGCACCUAGGUACAUGUUGGACCCCAGGAAAAAGCCCCAUGUCAAAAUCCAGCCCCCAUUCAUCAGACCUGACCUGUCGGAGAGGCAAAUCACCAUCAAGCUCAGCGACAACGGCAUCCACAGCACCAUCAUCAGCUCCAAGUCCAAAAGCAGCCUGGACGGCCUUGACGAGAAAGAAACCCAGCCACCACUGCCGCCCAAAGCUGACAGGUACAACCAGCUGAAGAGUCAGCUGACCUCCAGCGAAGAUGGUUCUCUUUCUGGAAAGACCCACCCUUCCACUCCAGCCAUGUACAAAUUUCGUCCGUCCUUUGGCACCAUGCCUAAAGUCCACUACCACACUGCUGGAGAGAAGAUUGUCAUGCCAGAUGACCGGAGGUCUUCGGCCAUCUUGGAAGAGGGUGUCCGUGGUCAUGACUACCGAUCUGAACCAAACCUGGACCUGCCUGAGUACACCAAUACUCCUCUCCACCGCACCUUCCAGUCCUCUCCCCUCCAGCUGGACGCUGACCCCAUCAACUCCCACUCUCUCAGCCUGAAGCAGGGUCACCGUCGGCCAGAGAAGGGCCAGCUCUCAGCCCUGCAGCCGCAGACAGUCACCUCCACCCCGUACAAGAGCGUCUUUUCGCCCAACACGCUCUCCAACCGUAAUGGCAGCUUGUCUUAUGACAGCCUGCUUAACCCCAGCAUCUCCCCUGCCUCUGCCAGUGAGUGCAUGUCCCAUCGUGGUAUGCCCACUGUGGGGCUCCACUCGCCCUACCUGCCCACCAAAAUGUGCCACAUCCGGGAACCUGACAUGCAGAGGCACCAGGUCACCCCCGCCUACAGUCCAGUGAUGCCACCCAGGGGGGUGGGCAGGCAAUCCCCUCACCUAAGGGACAGGGACCCAUCCCCGGUGCGCUAUGACAACCUCUCCCAGACCAUCAUGGCCUCCAUCCAGGAACGAAAGGAGGUAGAGGAGAGGGAAAAACGGCAGAUACUGCAUGGGCGCUCCCAGACCCAUAUCUAUGCCCAGGACUCUGGUGUGUUUGAUGGGGGCUAUGGUCUACCCCCCAAUGCUUGCUACCCAGAUGGGCCUCGUGGCCCUUGCUCCAGAGGCCCAACACCCCCAGCUUAUGGAGGCUCUAGGGACAACCUGAUGGGGGUCGGCCUGGUGAGCUAUGGGCAACGGACCCCCGUUUUGCGCCAUACCGGCUCCACGCUGGGUCGUGCCCCUAGGACUUCGUCCACCUCCCUGCACACAGAUCACAGUAGCAGCAACAGCAGCCAGAGCAGGGCCAUCUGCCCUGAGGGCCUUUAUCGAUCCCCGGCCCACCAGCCCCACUCCCCUGCUAUGCCCCGGUCCCCCUCCUACUCCCACCAGAAACUCUCCUACAUCAGUGCCCAUGAGAGGACAGAUUCUCCUCGUCUAGGGGGCCCAAGAGAGGCCAUGAAAGUUAACGGGCAGAUGGACUGCCACCCCAGUGCCCAGGGUUCCACCAUCAGCCCCAGUCGCCAUAGUAACGUCAAAAAGGUGACGGGUGUAGGAGGCACCACAUAUGAGAUAUCAGUGUGAGCAGGGACACUGCAUCCACCUCCAGUGACAACAACCACCAUCCUGCAAAGAGAUGCUCUCCUGUUAUUUUAGUCUUGAUAACAGCCAGUCAGGGGCACAUGGCACUCCCUGUUUGGGAUUUAUCGUCCAAUCAGAGGAUCUGUCUGCCCUUGUGUGGGUCUGUCUAGCCAAAUGCCUGUGUGUGUUCGUACCGGAGGGGUUGCUUGUCAGUUGAUACCGCUGCAGGCUGUAUGUGAGACGAGUGUCUCGUCAUUAACAUUUUGUGGCUCAUCAUCUUAGUUGUAAAGAGAGGACCGUUAAUAUUAAACUUUUGUCUCUCCGCUGUGGUCAUAAAGCGCUCGUUGUUCCAAAUGUCACACACACUUUUCACUUGCAAGAGCUGAAGGCUGAACAAAAGCCCUACAGAUGAAUUACACACCGACAUCCUCACUAUGGACUUUAGUGAGAAGUCCUUUCCAAGUCAUUUGACCUCAAGAAGUCACGGUGCUUCACAUUAACGUGUACUGUUCAUGCCAUCUGCAGCGUAGUCGUACAGCUUUGAGAGGUGGAGGACCGAUCGGUUAGAUCAGCACCACCUGCAUUUGCAGGCAACACAAGAUAAUUGAGGUGAGAAGCUGGCGGAAAGAGGAGAGGGGGGAAGUCAUCGUAUCAUGUUUGGUGGUUUCAUUCCAAAUUAAUUGAGAAAGGCGUGUUGAUUUAAAAGAUAAAAAUAAAUAUCAAAUUCUUUCCUUAUCAACAACUAAUUUCUCAGGAAUGAAUGCAACCAGCAACCAACCAGAGUUGCUAGUUGAUAUGAAUUAAUAUGCUAUCUUCGUCUCGGACUAUCAGGGCUUGAAUAUAGCGGAGCCUCCUUUAUUCACUUCACAAAGGUACUGUGCAUCAUCACAGGCUCCCGUUUGUCUUCGUGGAGUUCAGUUAGGUGAUUUCAACGUGGCCCAGGACACAAGUGCUGGGCAGAUAUGUUGUGGUCCUGAAAGAUUUGAAUACCUCGUCCCAAUAGUUCAGAACGAGUCCAGCCUUGCACAACCAAAACAACUUUCUGUUUACGUUUUGUCAAAAAAAAGUGUGUAAGUUCUUUAUGUUUAUAAUCAUAGGACUAGAAAGAUGUAGAGAAACCAGCCAUUGUCCUGUAUAGUAAAAUGAAGAUAACUGGUCACCCAUUUAUUAUUUUGUAGUUUUUUCUUCUAAUGGGUUUGUUUCCUUUUUAUAUAGCCAGCCUUUCAAAAGAUAAGUUUGAUACCUUUUUUUUAUAAAGUUAAUUAAGCCUGGAAUGGAUGUUUUAUUUUGAGUGGAGUUUUUUUUUUUUGUGAUAAAUUAUAAAUUCAGUUAAAACAUGAGGUCAUUAUAAUGGGUAAAAUCCAUAAAGUAAAUAUAGCUUGUUAUACUUUGCAGUGUAAAGAAUAGGUAUGAUGAAAUGUAAUUACGAGAUAUGAGCUAGUGAAAUAUUUAAGUCAGUCAUUGACUUGCCAAUGUGUGCUGUACACCAGUCAUAUUGGCCUUUCAAUAGACGCUGCCUUGAGAUUGUGGCUGCACACCCCUUCAUUUCUCUGAGACAGUAAAUGGGUGACAUUGCUACGAUGUCACAGUGACAUCACGAAGCCUGAAAAUGUCAAAUCAAUCAACUUGCAGCAGCUGUCUGGUACAGCUCCAGUAUUACCCGACACUCAGAGAUGCAAGACUUCUUUUAAUUAUUGUUUUUGCUGUUAAUUGAAAAAAAAAAAAAA